CAGCAACCAACUGACACAAUUUACCAACCAGGAACUGGUCGAACUGGCGUGUAACUGGCAAAGCGGUCAGAUCUCUUCAUACGUCCUUGGUCAAGAGCUGGACAGAAGCGUUUUGAUUACAUCAUAAAUUAUGUAUUAAUCGCAUGGUAAUGUCUUUAUAAAGUUGUCGUUAAACGUGUUGCCGUCGAUAUAUAUCGGCAUGAAUCUCGGAGAUGGCCUGCUGUUCGAACUUGAAAAUGGAAAACCCAAAUUGAUUUUACUCACUCAUGGCGGUGAGAAGACUCCAGCAAAGCUGUCCUUCAGGCCCAGAGCGGGUAGUGUCCUGGGCUCCAGACAGCCGUCCUGUGUGGAGGAGGUGCAUGGAGAGGAGCGUCCAGCCCGGCAGCAAGCGGGGAGGCAAAGAGAAACCAAGAGCAAGGCAGGAGGAGCAGCCGCCUCCUUCACCACCAACCCCGCCACCACCGGGGGAAGGAGCACCACUCUGACAUCAUCCAAGACACAUGAGCACAACAAAGGGGGCAGCGUCAAAGUUGUGGCCAAAGUGAAGUCAGACAGAUACAAACACAGCACUACUGUUGGAUCCCUGAGAACCAAUGGGAAACCAGGACAGGCUCAAGCCGGUGGAAAGGUGGAACUAAAAGACACGCUGGCCAGUGGGGACGUGGGACUGAAGGACAGUGUGGUGUGUCUGACCAAUGAGCAGCUGCAGCAGAUCCUUCACACAGUCCAGACCUCGAGCCAUGGCCAACACCCCCCAGACCACCACAGGACCCAGGGUAGAGGCAGUGAUGGUAAUAAUUACAGUGAUAGUGGCUACACUGCACAGCGGGAACAGACAACAAUCGUUUCAGCUCUACUACUUUGUAGAAUUUCCCUCUUUGUCAUUAUAAUGUACAACUUCAUGUCUUCUUCUCUGUUAGGGAAUCAAACUGACUCAAAGUCUGUCUCCUCAAUGAAUGGAGGAGGAGGAGGAGGAGGAGGAGGAGGAGGAGGAGAGAUGAAGGAGGAAGACAGAGGAGAAGGAACAGAUACAAUUGGAAGAUCACAGAAUAAAGACAACAGGAUGUCUGGAUGUCCGUUCAGCUGGCUGGAGGACAGGCAGUCGGACAAGAGAGCAGCCAUCGAAGCCAAGAAGGCUCAGUGGAGGAGAGAGCUAGAUGAACAAGUGGCACUGAAGCAGCAGCAGCAGCGUUCGGCUCCCGGCAGACUCCAGGCGGAGGAGGACACAGAGAGUGUGUUCUCAGUUCAGAGCUCCGUCAGCUACAGAGAUCAGCCUGCAGCCAUCAGAUCGAGCCUCAGACUCGGGGAGGUCACCCCGAUGGAGGAGGUGCUGACUGUCGAGAGGAGAGAGGAGCAGAGGAGACGCUGGCUGGAGGACCUGGACAGACAGAGAGAGGAGAUGAGUGAACGCAGGAAACAAGAGAAACUGCUGCAGAGCCAGAAAGAGGACCAUGAGCUCUGGGCUACACACUUUGACUCAAUGCAGAGACGGCCUCCUUCCCAGACUGCAGCGCCUUCAGCUCCGUCAGCUCCACCUCCAGCCCCAUCCAAUGGCUCUGAGCAAGGGGAGUGGGAGCCCUCGUCCAGCCUGUCCCUGGUCUGGGAGGCCACAAGCAGCUGUGGAGCAGAGAGUGUGGGCGGAGCCAGCUUAGACACAACCAGUGGAUACCCAACCAGACCCAGCUAUCUGAGGACCAUGACCGCCCUGCUGGACCCCGCUCAGAUAGAAGAAAGAGAGAGGAGGAGGCUUAAACAGCUGGAGCAGCAGCAAGCGAUCGAGGCACAGGUGGAGGAGCGGCGGCGGCGGAGGGAGCAAGAGGAGGCGAGGAGGAGAGAGUUGGAGGAAGAGGAAGAGAGGAGGGUGGCGCUGGAGAGGGAGAUGCUGGAGAGACGGCACGACCUGGACACACGGUGGGAGAAGCAGAAGUCGAGCCCCCUGGCAGCGCAGCCAAAGAAAGACGACGUCCAGAGACAGCAGGAGACGCAGCAGCCCAGCACAGUUACCAGGCAGGGUGAGUGUUUGGAGGAGGAGGAGGAGGAGGAGGAGGAGGAGGAGGAGGAGGAGGAAGUCAACCGUUACAAAGACUCAGCUGUACAGACAGAAGCAGCUCCCACUCUCCCGCUCAGAUCAGACAGCGUUCAGACCCCUGACGUCUCUGCACAGUACCAGCCGCCCCCUCCUCUGUCCGCUGCUCCUCCAAACUGCAGGAACCCAGCGGUGAGAGCCGGCAAGGAGAACAUCUGUCUGCCAGGAGGAGGUGGAGACCCAUAUCAGGCAUUUGCCAGGACAGAUAGGAGCAGGAGAGACAAGAGGAGGCCGGAGUGGAACACACACAGGCCCAGCCGUCAGUUCGUUCCAGCCUCGGAGCGUUACCCCGCCACUCUGCAGAGGAACAGACAGGAGAGUCGACAGAGGAGGCAGGCCGAGCUCCUCGCUCUGCAGGAGAGGGCCUGUCUGUCCAGGACCGACCCUCCUCCUCCUCCUCAGCACCAGGAGCCUGGUCUCUCCUCCAACCCCUCACAGACCAGAACCAGUCCCACCAGGAAGGUGGAGAGUGUUUCCAGAGAACACGGCAUCUCUGCAGCCAUCAACACUGAAAGGGGGCGCUCUCCUCCCGUCCCUGCUGUCAGACACAGGGUUCAGAGUCAGCAGGCACCCCCCACCCUCACCCUCACCCUCACCCCCACCCCCACCCCUCCAGGCCUGGAGUUCAUCCCUUACAUCCGGACUGAUGAAGUCUUCAACCUGGAUCCACUGGAUCCUGCUGACACCCCCCCACCGCACACACACACAGAACAUCCUCCUCAGAGAGCAGCAUCUCCUCAUCGACUCCUCCACCCGGACCGGCUCCAUAACACUCACACACACCGACAGCAGGAGAUCCUCAGAGGCCUGGCCCAGCUACGGCAGGGUUUGUUACAGAAGCAGAGGGAGUUGGAGACGGACCUGAAUCCUCUACUGAAGCGCCAUGACAACGAGCACCGGCCGCACUUGGCAACGCACCGCAUGUGACCGCGGCCUCUCGAGACCAUGCUUGUGAUUCCACCAACCGCGACGCAGCACGCUCACGGGACGAGCCAGGUGUGUUUCUCAACGGAGCCGCGAGGCGUUCACUGACCGAGCAGGGACUAAAUCCGGUCAACUCAUCCGGUCAACUCUCUAAGUAAAGACGCUGUACAGACUCCCGAUUUCUAGAUCACAUCCCUUCACUGUCUUAAAAACAAAAACACGGCCACGGAGUCGUUGAUCCGUGUCGUUCAUAACUGGACUAAAUGGAAGAAACCGUUUCACUAUGUAGGCUACUUUCUCCGUUUAGAAACACAAGUAUCCAAGAAAAAUCAUCAAAACAAUGAAAUCUGCGAGUUGAGCUG